AAAAUACUUUGUCGGUAACCGACCCCUACAGACCGGAGGAUUCUCCUCCUCAACCCUGGGCCUUACUCCCCUGGUCGGUCGCACUGCCAGGCCAGCGCCGGGGCCUUUGUUCCCCUCCGUGGUCAUGUGAGCCUUGAGCGACCUUUAACCUAGUGGGCGGGGGAGGGGUCGCGGUCUUGGAACGUGGACUCGGUGACCGACCGUUGGGCACUCUGGUGCGGCAACGGCCGGGUGAGGACUCAACGGGGCCCCUCCAGCCACGGCUGGCCGUAGUUCCGGGACCCAGACGGCGGCAGAGGGCGGAGGGAAAGGCUUAGCGGCCACCAGGCUAAGGGAGCUCUGGGGGUGAGGCGGGGCAUCUCGGGCUCCCCGUGACCCAGGUCCUCCGAGAAUGGCGGGUGGUCCUCCCCUCGGAGGAAAGGCAGGGAGGAUGAUGUGUAACCGUAGAUCAAAUUCGAAAUCAGGGCCGAAUCCCAGCCUCUCUAUAGAAGCAUCAUUCUCACGUUGCUCCGCGCGUUUACAGUUACCACUUAAUAAAAGAAAGCAUGGUCGCUUUUAGGGAAAUGUCUGAAAAGCUACGAAGAUGCAGGAAGGAGCUGACCGCGGCUAUAGACCGGGCCUUUGAAGGAGUCAGGCAUUCUCAGGAGAGCACCGCCCAGCAGAGGCUGGACGCGCCGCUCGCCUCCCUGCCGGUGCACAGGCUCCUCUGCAGACCCCCCCUGGCCGCCUGCCCCUCUGCUGCCCCGUGCUCUGGUGCCUCGUGUGCUCCAGAGAACGAGAGCCCGGCCUUUGGGCCACACCAUAUUCCAGUCAAUGCAAAACCCCAGCCAUUAUUCCCCAAAAGAAAACCUCUGACCAGCAAGGAGAAUGUCUUGAUGCACUCUUCCGUUUUGGCACGUGAAAGACAGUUUUGGAGAGCUGCAGGAGAUGGGGAAAACUGGAGAAAAGAAAGUUUAAGGAAGGAUAUGGAGAGAGAUUUAAAAGUUGACCCAAAUAUGCUGCUCAGCAGUUCUAGCCAAGAGGUCACAAAGGAUCUGCUAGACAUGAUUGACCACACAAGUAUCCGAACUAUUGAAGAACUGGCUGGAAAACUAGAAUUCGAAAAUGAAUUGAACCGUGUGUGUGGGCGCUGCCAAGACUCGCCCUUCAAGGAGGAAGCGUGGGCCCUGCUCGUGGAUGGGAGUCCUCAGAAGGCUCUGGAUUCCGACCCCAGUAGCCUCAAGCAGGCUUUGGAUGAUCAGAAUAUUGUUGAGACUGUUCUGGACUUGGAAGAAGACUACAACUUGAUGACCUCCUUUAAAUACCAAAUAGAAUGAGGAGAGUAGAUGCCAGCAGACACAGUGGUGACCAGAACAAGUCUUCACGGAGGUUGGCAGAGCCCGAAUUGCCACACCUUGUUCAAUUUCUGCUGAAUCCCAUUUUGAGCUAAGAGCCCAGGUUUUAGUUCUGUUGUUUUGAAAUGUUAUUUUGGAGUUUUUUGGACUUGACAUUUUUUAAAGUGUAUUUUUGGUUGUGUUGAAUAUAUACAGUCCCCCGGUAGGUUUUA